AUGCAUUCCCAGACGCCGGCGAAGCCGAAGGCCAGCCCGGUGCGUGCCCGCCCGCAGCUGCCUGCUCCUCCUACGGCGGCGGCGGGGGCGGCGGAGCCUCCGCUGCAGCUGCAGCAACUCCACACCACGCCUCCGCCGCCGCCGCCGCCGGCGGCAGCGGGUACUGGAGAAGUCGCCUGUGCCAAGGCGGCCAAGAAGCGGGGCAUGCAGAAGCUUCUCAAGUCGGCGUUCAAGCGCGGCGACCACCAAGCGCCGUCGGGCGCUGGCGGAGGCGGAGGCAGCGCUUCCUCUGGCGGGAGUGGUGGGGACGACGAGGCGGCGGCCGCGGCCGCGGCAGCGCAGGACCUCAGCCGGUCGUCGUCGUCUUCCACCGGCGGGAGCAGCGGGAGGAAGGGGCGCAAGGGCGGCGGACGUGGAGACGACGGCUCCGUCGACGGCGACCUUUCCAGCCGUGACAGCCUAGAGCAACAAGAGUCCAAGAACAUCAAGGGGGCAGCCGCGGCGCUGCGGAACUCCAAGCUCGGCCACGCGUACGAAGCAUUCCCAUGGGAGAGGAAGAUGAUGGAUCUUCUGCCGGUGCCCGGCAACAGCGGCUUCCUCUCCCUGCUGCUCCUGCCACGGGCCACCGACGAGUCACAGACCAAGUUCCACUCCCUGGAUGACACGCUGGCCAGGGCCGAGGCCUGGGUCAUGUCCUCCCAGAUGUCAGGUGUGCCAAUUGUCCCGAUGAAUAUGCAGACAGAGGCACUGCUCACUAAGAUCUGUGGGGACGUGGCAUCGUCGACGGUGAACAUGAACUCCCUGGGCGACCUUGCGAACAUGGCGACGGUGAGCCUCUACGGGUUCGAGGACUACCAUGGCGUGGAUAUCGGCGUGGUCAGGGCGAUCCGGAUAUGGUACGCGCCUUUUGCAGGGGAGAUGGCGCUGGAGAUCAAGCUGCAGCCGGGUGACACCAGGCUGGGCUUUGCUAUCAGCCGCACCGAAGAGGGGUUCAUCUACGUGUCGUCGGUGGCCGACGAGAGCACGCCAGGGGUGGCGUCGACGCGGUCGGGGCUGCUGGAGCUGUACCGGCGCGCGCGGCGGGCGUCGAAGCUCCUGGUGGUGUCCCGCGUCGGCGACGAGAAGGUGCUCCCCUGGGCCACGGCCACCAGCGGCGACGUCCGGUGCUUCGACACGGUGUCGCUGAGCCAGCGGCUGUCGCUGCACCGCCACGCGCUCCGCCCGGUCACGCUCCACUUCCUCAUGUGGGAGCGCCUCCCGCUCUCCGCCGUGCUCAAGGGCGCCGCCGCGGGCCGGCCGGCGACGGUGCAGAUGAUGAUCGUGCAGCAGGGCGACGAGGAGGAGCAGGCGGGGGCGGGGGAGGGGGGCGAGGACGCCGACGAGGUCGCCUUCGACGGCGACGGGCCGGAGAUCGUGCUCAGCAAGGACGACUCCGACGACCGCUCCUUCAGGUUCCAGAACAUCGGCCUCCCGGAUAGCUGGCUCUGAUGAAAUAUUCACAUUUCUAAUCGGAGCCACCUAUGUUGUUGCCUAGCUUUUUUGUUAAUUAAUUCGCCUCAACACUUAUUAGCCCCACUCGUAGUAAUAAUGAUAAUGGAGCAUAUAAACUCGUCGAUUAACAAUUCAAAAGCCUUCGC